UUGCUAUUCACAUGUUACUCUCUUCAGUUUCACUGUUCAAGUUUGGCAUCCCGUAGAAGACGAACUACUGACAGAGACAAAAAAUAGAUAGAUACAUUCAGAGAGAUCCAAAAAUAUAUACAUAUUAAAACAAGGUCAAAUUGCCUUUGUGAUACUCCGUUUCUUCUCUCCUCCUAUUCCUAUAAAGUAGUGUACUUUGUGCACUAGAUUGGAUCACCGCAACACCCACAAAGGCCUUCGCUUUCUCUUCCCUCUCUCCGAGUCUCACACACCCAAUUUCAGGAGAAGCUUGAGAGACUGUGAAGAAUGGCUGCGAAUCGGAAUCUGGAGAAGCUGGCAUCGAUUGAUGCACAGCUACGGCUCUUGGUUCCUGGAAAAGUGAGCGAAGACGACAAAUUGGUUGAAUAUGAUGCUCUGCUUUUGGAUCGGUUUCUUGAUAUCCUCCAGGACUUGCACGGCGAAGAUCUCAAGGAAACGGUUCAAGAGUGUUAUGAGCUUUCUGCUGAGUAUGAGGGUAAGCAUGAUCCAAAGAAGCUUGAGGAGCUUGGGAAUGUCAUUACCAGUCUGGAUCCGGGUGACUCAAUUGUCAUUGCUAAAUCUUUCUCACACAUGCUUAACUUGGCCAACUUGGCUGAGGAGGUUCAGAUUGCUUACCACAGACGGAUCAAGUUGAAGAAGGGUGACUUUGCUGAUGAGAAUUCUGCAGCUACUGAGUCAGACAUUGAAGAAACUUUUAAGAGGCUUGUGGGUGAACUGAAGAAGUCUCCCGAGGAAGUUUUUGAUGCUCUGAAGAAUCAGACUGUGGAUCUGGUUCUUACUGCUCACCCUACUCAAUCAGUCCGCAGAUCUUUGCUUCAGAAACAUGCAAGGAUACGGAAUUGUCUAACCCAGCUGUAUGCCAAAGACAUUACUCCAGAUGAUAAGCAGGAGCUUGAUGAGGCUCUACAAAGAGAGAUUCAAGCUGCAUUUCGGACAGAUGAGAUUCGAAGGACUCCUCCUACUCCACAAGAUGAGAUGAGAGCAGGAAUGAGCUAUUUCCAUGAGACAAUUUGGAAGGGUGUCCCUAAAUUCUUGCGCCGUGUUGAUACAGCUUUGAAGAACAUAGGGAUUAAUGAGCGUGUACCUUAUAAUGCUCCCCUUAUUCAAUUUUCUUCUUGGAUGGGUGGUGAUCGUGAUGGUAAUCCAAGGGUCACUCCCGAAGUCACCAGGGAUGUUUGUUUAUUGGCUAGAAUGAUGGCUGCUAAUUUGUAUUACUCCCAAAUCGAAGAUCUGAUGUUCGAGUUGUCCAUGUGGCGUUGCAAUGACGAGCUUCGUGUCCGUGCUGAAAUGCUCCAUAGGAACUCAAAGAGAGAUGCAAAGCACUACAUAGAAUUUUGGAAGCAAGUCCCUCCAAGCGAACCUUAUCGUGUGAUUCUCGGUGAUUUGAGGGAUAAGCUAUAUCAAACACGUGAACGUUCUCGUCAUUUACUAGCUCAUGGCUACUCUGACAUCCCAGAAGAGGCAACUUUAACAAAUGUCGAGCAGUUUUUGGAGCCCCUUGAACUCUGUUAUAAAUCACUUUGUGCUUGUGGUGAUCGGUCAAUUGCUGAUGGAAGCCUUCUUGAUUUCUUGAGGCAAGUCUCUACGUUUGGACUGUCACUUGUGAGACUAGAUAUUAGGCAAGAGUCAGACCGUCACACUGAUGUCAUGGAUGCUAUCACAAAGCACUUGGACAUUGGUUCUUACCGAGACUGGUCCGAAGAAAAGCGACAAGAAUGGCUUUUAUCUGAACUCAGUGGCAAGCGCCCAUUGUUUGGCCCUGAUCUUCCGAAAACUGAAGAAAUUGCUGAUGUGUUGGACACCUUUCAUGUCAUAGCAGAACUACCAUCUGAUAAUUUUGGAGCAUACAUCAUCUCAAUGGCUACUGCACCUUCUGAUGUGCUUGCGGUGGAGCUUCUGCAACGGGAAUGCCAUGUGAAGGAACCAUUAAGAGUUGUUCCACUGUUUGAGAAGCUUGCAGAUUUGGAAGCUGCUCCUGCUGCCCUAUCUCGGCUAUUCUCAAUAGAUUGGUACAGAAAUCGGAUCAAUGGAAAGCAGGAAGUCAUGAUUGGGUACUCAGAUUCCGGUAAAGAUGCUGGGCGAUUCUCUGCUGCUUGGCAGCUAUAUAAGGCUCAGGAGGACCUUAUAAAGGUCGCUAAACAAUACAGUGUUAAGCUAACCAUGUUCCAUGGUCGUGGUGGAACUGUUGGCAGAGGUGGUGGUCCCACACAUCUUGCUAUCUUAUCUCAGCCACCAGACACUAUUCAUGGAUCACUACGUGUCACUGUUCAAGGUGAAGUUAUUGAGCAAUCCUUUGGAGAGGAGCACUUGUGCUUUAGAACGCUUCAGCGUUUCACAGCUGCCACGCUUGAGCAUGGUAUGCGUCCCCCAGUUUCACCAAAACCAGAAUGGCGUGCAUUGAUGGAUGAUAUGGCCAUUAUUGCCACAGAGGAGUACCGCUCCAUUGUUUUUCAAGAGCCACGAUUUGUAGAGUAUUUUCGCCUUGCCUCACCGGAGUUGGAAUAUGGAAGGAUGAACAUUGGAAGCCGUCCAUCAAAGCGCAAGCCAAGUGGUGGUAUUGAAUCUCUUCGUGCAAUCCCAUGGAUUUUCGCAUGGACGCAGACAAGAUUUCAUCUCCCAGUGUGGUUGGGUUUUGGAGCUGCAUUCAAGUAUAUCGUUCAGAAGGACAUUAGGAAUCUUCAUAUGAUGCAAGAGAUGUACAAUUUAUGGCCUUUCUUUAGGGUUACCAUUGAUCUAGUUGAAAUGGUUUUCGCCAAGGGCGACCCUGGUAUCGCUGCCUUGUAUGAUAAGCUCCUAGUUUCUGAAGACCUUUGGGCAUUUGGGGAGAAGUUGAGGUCCAAUUAUGAAGAAACCAAAAGCUUUCUCCUCCAGGUUGCCGGACACAGAGAUGUUCUUGAAGGAGACCCCUACUUGAAGCAACGACUCAGACUUCGUGAUUCAUACAUCACAACCCUCAACGUUUGCCAGGCUUACACUCUAAAACGUAUCCGAGAUCCAAACUACCACGUGAAGGUUCGUCCUCAUAUCACAAGGGACAUCAUGGAAUCAAGCAAGCCUGCUGAUGAGCUUGUGAAGCUGAAUCCAACGAGCGACUAUGCCCCUGGUUUGGAGGACACCCUAAUCUUAACCAUGAAGGGUAUUGCCGCUGGCUUGCAGAACACUGGUUAAAAAAUCCCGUACUGUCAUUUCAGAACACUCCUUUUGUUUCUAUCUAUAGAUGGGUUUCCACUGCAUCACAAAAACUUCCCUACUGAGUUAUCUAGACCAAAUGUUGUUGUGGUUUGAAAUAUUCGGUUCGAGGUGGAAUAUUUUUGGCCACCUUGUUCAGCUUGUACGAGCUUAUUAUUGAGCUGUAAGACUAUAAGAACAGCGGUCUCUAUUGUUGCCAGGGAUGAACGAAAACCAAGCCAAGCUUUUCCCCCUGUUUGGCUAAAACUGGCUUGCACUGCUUGGAAUGAACUUGCUAUACUGUUUUCCCUACUUUAUUGGUAAUACUUAGAAACAUAGGGAGAACUCUGAAAGGUUGUAAUCCCAAAGGUUUGAGCAGAAAAGUAUAAAGAUGCCAUAAUACUACUUGUUUCUUUUUAA